AAUCGCAGGCAAAGUGUGUGAGAGAGAGAGACAGGGAGUUGGAGAAUGGCUCUUACGACGCGGCAGAGGCGGCCGCUGCCGUCCGAUCUGACUCCGUCUCCGUCGGCGUACUCGAAGCUCGAUAAGCCGGCGAGAUCGGACGGCGGAGAAGAGGCGGACAAAGGAUUUGGCUGGAUAUUGCCGCUGUUUGCUCUAGGGAUGCUUCGGUACAUGAGCGCCACGUCGAACAUCAUACACGACUGUGACGAGGUCUUCAACUAUUGGGAGCCUCUUCACUAUCUGCUCUUCAAAUCUGGAUUCCAGACUUGGGAAUACGGCGCCCAGUUUGCACUUCGCUCUUAUCUGUAUCUUCUUUUCCAUAAAGUAGUCGGUGGACCAGCUUCACGUCUGUUUAUUGAGGAAAAAGUAAGAGUGUUCUAUGCUGUGAGAAUCUUCCUCGGUAUCCUCUCUGUUUUUACUGAGGCUGCUCUUGUAGUAGCUCUUUCAAGGAAAUACGGAAAGCGCCUUGCUUCUUAUGCACUUGCAAUGUUAUGUUUAACUAGUGGCUGUUUUUUUGCCAGCACAAGUUUCCUGCCAAGUUCAUUCUCAAUGUAUGCGAUGUCUCUUUCAUCUGCUCUAUUUCUCUUUGAGAAACAUGCCCUGGCUGUGGCAGUUGCAGCUAUUGGGGUUAUUCUUGGAUGGCCAUUCUCAAUUUUGGCUUUUCUACCAAUAACAGUUUAUGCAUUAAUUAGAAGAUUUAAACAAACAUUUCUGACUGGGUUGGCCACGUCGCUUGUGCUUCUGGCACUCUCAUUACUUGUUGACUGCUACUAUUAUGGAAGAUGGACAUCAUCUAUUCUGAAUCUGUUGUUAUAUAAUGUCUUGGGGGGUGGUGAGAGCCACUUGUAUGGAACUGAAGGGCCACUGUACUAUCUGAUGAAUGGAUUUAAUAAUUUCAACUUCUGUUUUGUUCUUGCGUUGCUGUUCCUCGGAAUCCUGCCAAUUGCAAAGAAGAAAUAUGCUCCAGACCUUUUGAUUGUUGUUUCACCUAUAUAUAUUUGGUUGGCAUUUAUGUCUUUGCAGCCGCACAAGGAAGAAAGAUUUCUUUAUCCAAUAUAUACACUUGUUUGUGUGGCUGCCUCAGCUGUCAUUGAGAGCUUUCCUGAUUUUUUCCGAGACAAAUAUGAUCCAAACCGCAAUUAUUGGCUUGUUAAGAUGGCAAAGCUUCUUCGACCUCUUGUUCUUGGCCUCAUAUUAGCUUCCUCUCAUGCUCGGACAUUCUCCCUCAUUCAUGGCUAUUCUGCUCCUCUGGAGAUUUACAAACAUUUGGAGUACCAUGAUGAUGUUGAGACUGGUUCUGUGAUUUGUGUUGGAAGUGAAUGGCACCGCUUUCCAUCAUCCUUCUUUGUUCCUGAUCACGUGGGCCAAGUUCGCUGGAUAGAUGACGGGUUCAGGGGACUUCUUCCGUUCCCAUUUAAUUCUACCCUGGGCGGCACAUCAGCAGCACCGCCAUAUUUUAACAAAAAGAACAAGGCAUCAGAUGAGCAAUAUCUCCAGGACCUCGAAAAGUGUACUUUUCUCGUUGAGUUGCACCUUCAACGACCUUAUGCUCCCCGAGGAAGUGAUUUGUCGACAUGGGAGGUUGUUGCAGCGUUGCCAUAUUUGGACAGGGAGCUUUCGCCUCCCAUGUAUCGAUCAUUCUUCAUCCCAUUCCUUUGGCAAGAGAAGAAUGUCUUUGGCAUGUACAAAUUACUCAAAAGAAUUCCAAAGUGACAAUAUGUACGAAUAGGAUCUGUUGUUCCAAAGUUGUGGGAGCUGUAAUUUAACCUUUUAACUAUGCCCUUAGUUUCAGCACUGAGUGACAGUGAAAUUUUGACACAAUCCGGCAUGAGAUUAACUUCACUAACCAACUGAUCCACUCAGCUUCUGUUUGCAAAUUUUGAUGAUUUCACGAACAAUGUGAGUUCUGGGUGGUGCAUGGUAGUCGCUCUUUUGAGUAUUGAUGCUGGAAAACAAUCCUCCUUUUGUGAAACCCAUAUUUUUGCUUUCA